AUGGCGCCUCCCAAGGACGAGGGUGCUCAAACCCCUAUAGCCGAGCCCAAAGCCAAAACCAGCACCGCCAACAGCCCUCCCACUCAGCCCAAAAAGUCCAGCCCGUCCGUCAUCAAAGGCGCCUCCCUGCUCAUCAUCCUCCAAGUCGCAUCUCGUCUCGUCACCUUUGUCGCCAACCAGCUGCUGCUCCGCUUCCUCACAGCUCCUCUUCUCGCCCUCUCUACGCAGCUCGAAGUCUUCUAUCUCUCGGUUCUGUUCUUCGCCCGCGAGAGCUUGCGUGUGGCCAUCCAGCGCCAGGGCAUUGCUGGAGCAGCAAACACCAAGGAAGAUGAGACUGACGAUGAUGCUGCUGCUGCUGAGCGGCAAGAGGGACAAGCGGUGGUGAAUCUGGGGUAUCUCGCCGUUGGCCUGGGCAGCAUCGUCAGCGUGGCUUUGGGAUGGAUGUAUCUCGCAUCUGCCUCGGCCGACACGCUUCAGACGCCCUGGCUGGUUGAGUCUCUCUGGCUAUAUGGAAUUGCUGCCAUGGUUGAGCUCAUGUCUGAGCCUUGCUUCGUCUUGAUGCAGACGCGUCUUCAGUUCGGCACUCGCGCAACUGCAGAGUCCAUCGCCACGUUCCUUCGCUGCACCGUCGUCUUUGGAUCCGCCGUUUGGGCGUCCCGAAAGGGCCUGGAUAUCGGCGUUCUUCCCUUUGCGCUUGGCCAGCUCUCAUACGGCAUCUCCCUUCUUGUGGUGUAUCUCGCCUCAGGAUAUCGCCUUGCGCUCAACACUGGAUUCUCACUCCUGCCCAAGCAACUUGCCUCCAACCAAAAUGUAGUCUUUCUCCUAUCGUAUUUCUAUAAACCGACAGUCAAUCUGGCGGGAAGCAUGAUGGCCCAAAGUGUGGUGAAGCAUCUUCUCACGCAGGGCGACACCUUUCUGAUUUCGCUCUUCUCUAACCCCGAAGCACAAGGAGUGUAUGCUUUGGCAAACAACUACGGCAGUCUUCUCGCUCGCCUUCUCUUCCAGCCCGUGGAAGAGAGUAGUCGCAGUUACUUCUCUCGCCUCAUUGGACCUUUUGCGGCUCCGGCGCUUCUGUCCAUCGUAGCAGGUAAACUCUGGACUGGAUCAGGGGCUGGCCAAGUCCUUAGUACUUACUGCUUCUACAUCCCGUUCAUGGGACUCAACGGAAUCACAGAGGCUUUUGUUGCUUCCGUCGCAUCAGAGGCUCAGGUGCACCGCCAAUCAUUUUGGAUGGGCCUCUUCUCAGCCGCCUUUGCCGCAUCUGCUUUCCUCUUUAUGCGCGUCUUUCCGCUUGGUGCCAUAGGCCUCGUCUACGCCAACAUUAUCAACAUGCUAUGCCGAAUCAUCUGGAGUAGCGUUUUCAUCAACAAGUUCUUUAAAUCUCACGGUCUAGACUUUGCGCCCGCGUCGCUAUAUCCCACAACUCCAAUCGCAGUAUCGCUGUCAACACUGGUCCUCCUACGGCAGCUGAAAUUUCACGAAGUUGGCCAAGAACGGCCAUUCGAAACACUGAUCAAGAUUAUUGGCUUUGCCAUUCCAUUACUGCUUUUAAUGUAUGUCAACAUCUCUACAUGCUAUGCCUCUAUCUGCUUUUAUUAUACACGAUUGUCUAACAUGGUGCUGUAG